AUUAAAAUCAAGCCACAACAAUUUUCGCUGCUUUUUUGGAACCUUAUAUUUUUCAGUUGAACAUUGAAAUUCGAACUCUUCGGACAGUUUCAGGACUGACAAAAUUUCUAAAAGUUUUAUUUCUUUUGGUUUAAAACAAAGCAAGUCACCAUGUGCAGCUAUCCUUGCUAUCCUUGCGCAGCGUUGUGUCCCUGCGGCGGAAGUGGACCAAGUGGCUUCUACGAUCCUUGCUUCGGCCCCUACAACGGUCCCUUUAACUCCUGGUGUGGGGCCAGUGGUCCAGGCUUCUGGCGAGGAGGUUGCUGCUAAUUUCGGUCGCAGGUUGCGGGACUGCUCCUUCCUUUCUCUUGCAAUUUUUAUUUCUCGCUUGCACCGAUUUCAGAUGAUAGAAGAACACGGUUACUGUCGCAUACGAAGAGUAGAAUGUUUAUUCAAUAAAUUGUUCAACACGUA